AUGGCUCCGCGCGAUCCCAACACGCUAUCCAAUUACAACGAGUGGUUGACCAAGCACACUACGGUCAACUUUCGCGUGAACUUUGAGAAGCAACGUCUCGAAGGCUCGGUCCAGCUUGACCUCGAGUCUCUUACUGAUAGAGAGAGCAAAGAGAUUGUUCUAGACACUAACCAUCUCCACGUCUCUUCCGUGAAGCUCAACUCCUCUGAUUUGGAAUGGAAACUAAAGGAGACGGUGGAGCCCUACGGCUCUCCUCUUUACGUCUCACUGCCUAAUGGUGCUUCUAAGGGCGAGCUUGUCAAGCUGGAAAUUGCCGUUCAGACCACCGCAGAGUGCACCGGUCUGCAGUGGUUUUCCCCAGCUCAGACGGGAAACAAGAAGCACCCCUACGUGUAUUCUCAAUGCCAGGCUAUUCUGGCUCGGUCUGUCCUCCCUUGCCAGGAUACACCUGAUGUGAAGUCUACCUUUACAUUCAACAUCACCUCUCCUCUUCCCGUGGUCGCAAGUGGAGUUCCUGUACCAUCAGAUGCUUCAGUUGAGGCUGAGAAGCUUUUCAAGUUCGAGCAGAAAGUUCCCAUUCCUUCUUACCUCUUCGCAUUGGCUUCGGGAGACCUAGAGACAGCCCGUAUUGGCAAGAACUCGGUCGUCGCGACAGGCCCCGAGGCAAUCAAAGAGGCACAAUGGGAGCUUGAGGGUGACAUGGACAAGUUCCUAGACAUUGCACAGAAAUUGAUUUUUGAUUACCAAUGGGGCGAGUAUAACGUUUUGGUUCUUCCACCAAGUUUUGCCUACGGAGGCAUGGAGAACCCCAUCUUCACAUUUGCUACUCCUUCUAUUAUCAGUGGUGACCGACAAAACGUGGAUGUUAUUGCACAUGAGUUGAGCCACAGUUGGAGUGGCAAUCUCGUCACGAGCUGUAGCUGGGAGCACUUCUGGUUGAACGAAGGCUGGACAACUUACUUGGAGCGACGUAUUGGCGCAGCUUUACAUGGUGCUCCUCAAUUCGACUUCUCGGCCAUUAUUGGUUGGAAGGCAUUGGAGGACACCGUCAAACUGCUUGGAGCAGACCACGAAUUCACUAAGCUGAUCAUCAGCCACAAGGGUGUUGACCCCGAAGACGCUUUCAGCACGGUCCCCUACGAAAAGGGAUUCCACUUCCUGUGGUAUCUGGACAAGUUGGUUGGACGUGAGCACUUUGACAAAUUCAUUCCGCACUACUUCCAGACAUGGGCUCGUAAGAGUUUGGACUCGUUUGAGUUUAAACAAACCUUCUUGGACUUCUUCAACUCUUACGGAAGCGUCGAAAUCAAGGAAAAGAUUGCCCAAAUCCCUUGGGAGGAACGAUUUUACACCCCUGGCUUGCCACCAAAGCCCGAGUUCGACACAUCUUACGUUGACAGCUGCCUAGCUUUGGCAGAGAAAUGGAAGCAGAACGAUUUCAAGCCUGAUCUUAAGGACAUUGAAGGCUUCACGGCUAAUCAGAUUCUGGUUUUCUUGCAGGCUGUGCAAGGCUUCUCUCCCACCAUUUCUGUAGAGAAGUCGCAGCUUAUUGGUAGCACUUAUCGGAUCAGUUCUUCAAAGAACAUCGAGCUGAAGUCGGCGUAUUAUGGGAUCGCAUUGGGCGCAGGUGACAAGUCAGAAUUCCCCGGCAUCGUUGAACUCCUAGGUAGCGUUGGUCGCAUGAAGUUUGUACGGCCACUCUACAGAGGUCUUGCUGCUCUCGACAGAGACCUCGCCGUAGAGACGUUCAAGAAGAACAAGGACUUUUACGCAUCGACGACCAAGGGUCAAUUAGCCAAGGAUUUGGGUUUGAAGUAG